UGAUGGAGAAGAGUAGAAAUGGAAGUGGGAGUCUUAUAGAUAUUGUACUUUCUUGGACCCUCGAGGAUGUUCUCAAUGAAAAUCUUUACAAAGACAAGGUUCAUAAGAUUCCAGAGACAUUUAAGUCAGCAACAGAUUACAACAACUCUUUUAUUCCUCUGUUGUUUGAGGAAACACGCGCUGAUUUAUCUUCAAGCUUGUCUGGCGUGUCACAAGCUUCUCUUUGUGAAAUCUGGAAAGUCGAAAACAGCAAGCAAUUGAAAUUUCACAAAGCUCAAAAUCAAUUCAUUCAGUUCCAUCAUACCAUACGGUUGGAGAGUACAACUGAAUCUGAUAGAGAUGAAAAUGGUGGAAGUUAUGAACCUGCAUCAGGAGAUCUUAUUGCUAUUACAUACAUUAAGCCAAAAAGCUUAAAUGACUUGAACACACUCAACAGUCCCUACCAUAUUGCCUAUGUUAAUGGGGCAAAAAAUAGAUUUUCUGGUAGAAUCACAGUUCUAUCUUCCAAAUGCAUGAAGAUGGAUGUUGAAUCUGUAUCCAUGAAAAACAAUACACAGAAAAUGUAUGCUGUAUACAUUAUGAACAUGACAACAAAUGUUCGUAUUUGGAAAGCCUUGGACUCAAAGUCAAAGGGUGAUCAUCUCAACAUUAUUGAAAAAGUUUUGCAACCUGGUCUCAUCCUAAAUAUGAAUGUAACCUGUAUAAUGCUUGUAUUUCAGAGUGGAGAGAACUGCAAAAUUUGCAUGUCUCGAUCAAAUAGUAAAGCUUCUUUCAUUACGAAAGACAUAAUUCGAUCUCAGAAUCUGAAUGAAUCCCAACAAGAUGCGGUUACAAGCUGUGCUAGUAUGGUAGAUUGCUCUCAUGCUAAUACCAAACUGAUAUGGGGACCACCAGGGACUGGAAAAACAAAGACUGUUGCAUGCUUGCUUUUUUCUCUACUCAAGUUGAAAUCAAGAACAUUGACCUGUGCUCCAACUAAUACUGCAAUUUUGCAGGUGGCAAUUCGGUUGCAUAGUUUAGUUACAGAUUCACCUGACCAUGAUACAUAUGGUUUAGGUGACAUUGUGCUAUUUGGCAAUGGUAAGAGAAUGAAAGUGGAUAGUUGUCCGGGUCUUGAAGAUAUCUUUCUUGAUUAUCGCGUGAAAAAUCUCAUGCAGUGCUAUACUGAAUGGAACCAUAGCUUUGAAGCAAUGAUCAAAUUUCUUAGUGAUCCUAGUAAACAAUAUUUCUUGGAGAAGUCCAAAAAGGAUUUUGUUAUGGUAAAAAUAGGAUUGUUUGAGGAUUAUGUUCAGAAGGCACGGACAGAAAUCACUAAGCUAUACCAAUUGGUUGAGAAUGACAAAAAGGAAUGUAUGUUGACAAUUGAGCGAUUUGUGAAACAGAGAAUCGAUAAACUAAGAAUGAAUAAAGUCAAUUUCUUCAUGACUUUAUAUACAAGCUUAAUGCAGCUGCUUGAGGACUCUAGAGAUCAAAUUUUCUCAAAGAUGGGUUACAAGUCCCUUGAUGAUUUUGCUACAAAUAGUAUCGUAGUAUCUGCAUAUAGUGCAUACAAGCAAAAUAUAGGGUAUGAUAAAUAUGAUGAUUCUUUGACUUUUGAGGGAUAUGUGAAGAGAGCAAGGAAAGAGAUUAUGGAGCUAUACCAAAGUAUCAUGACCAUGGAGCAAUUUGUGAAGCAGAGAUUUGGAGAAUUAAGUGAGAAGCUAAAGUUCUUGAUACAUACGUUAUGCACCCACAUGCCAAAAUCUUUAAUUUCAGUUAACAAUAUGCUCCAAGCUCUUGACUUGUUAAAAUCAAUGGAAAUUUCCUUGAGUCAAGCCAAAUUUAAGCAAACUGUAGAUGAUUUUGAAGAAGAAAGCAUUCCUGCUUGCUUUGGACCAUCAAGUUUGGAAAGAAAUGAUUGCCUUCGCAUACUAAGUUUCCUUUCCAACUCAAUUUCGCUUCCUGAAUUUAAAGUGAGACAUCAAGUGGAAAAGUUUUGCUUGUCAGAUGCUAGUCUAAUUUUGUGUACUGUAUCAAGUUCUAUCAAACUUUACUCAGAAGAGACGAGUCCAGUGAAAUUUUUAGUGAUUGAUGAAGCAGCACAGCUGAAAGAAUGUGAAUCCAUGAUUCCGUUACAGCUCCCGGGUCUUCAACAUUGCAUUCUUAUAGGUGAUGAGAAACAACUUCCAGCGCUAGUGAAAAGCAAGAUUGCGGACAAUUGUAGAUUUGGAAGAAGUAUGUUUGAGAGAUUGGUGAUGCUAGGAUACAAGAAGCAUAUGCUUAAUGUUCAGUACCGAAUGCAUCCAUCUAUAAGCUUGUUUCCUUGCAAAGAGUUCUAUGAUGAAAAAAAUUUGGAUGCCCUAGCUGUCAAGGAUCAAAGCUAUAAUAAGAGCUUUCUUGAAGGAGAGAUGUAUUCUUCUUAUUCUUUUAUUAAUAUAUCCAAGGGUAAGGAGAAAUUUGGUCACGGACAUAGCUUGAAGAACAUGGUUGAAGUUGCUGUCAUUUCUGAGAUUAUUAAAAACCUAAGAAAAGAGUUUAUGAGGACAAAGAAGAAAGUUAGCAUUGGAAUAAUAUCUCCAUAUAAUGCUCAAGUUUAUGAAAUCCAGGAGAAAGUUAAGCAAGACACUUGGGAUUCUAAUUCUGACUUUUCUGUUAAUGUUCGUUCUGUUGACGGUUUCCAAGGUCGUGAGGAAGAUAUUAUAAUAAUAUCUACCGUGAGUGGAAGUGGUAAUGUUGGUUUUCUUUCAAAUAGACAAAGAGCUAAUGUUGCAAUGACAAGGGCUAGAUAUUGUCUUUGGAUAUUAGGCAAUGCAUCUACUUUAGCCAAUAGUGAUUCUAUCUGGAGAAAGUUAAUUAUUGAUGCUAAGAGAAGAGACUGUUAUCAUAAUGCUGAUGAGGACAAGAAACUGGCUCGAGUUAUUGAUGAUGUCUUGUUUGAGAUUGAACUUCUUGAAGAAUCUGAGUCACCAUUUAAGAAACUCAGUCUAUGUGAAAAAUCUGAAACUACAUUUCUUCAAGGUCAAUGA